AUGUCCAAUACACUGCGGCCGUAUUUGGCUGCUGUUCGAGCUACUCUGACUGCUGCAAUGUGCUUGGAGAAUUUCUCAUCGCAGGUCGUCGAAAGGCACAACAAACCCGAAGUUGAAGCUAGGGUGUCAAAGGAAGUCUUGCUGACACCCGUAGCCAUCAGCAGAAAUGAAAACGAACGCGUGCUGGUCGAGGGCUCAAUCAAUGCCCUACGUGUAUCAAUCAAGAUCAAACAAGCCGACGACAUUGAAAGGAUAUUGUGUCAUAAAUUCACCAGAUUCAUGACUCAACGUGCUGAGAACUUUGUGGUCCUGAGACGAAAACCUAUUGAUGGAUAUGAUAUCAGUUUCUUAAUCACAAACUUCCAUACUGAGCAAAUGUAUAAACACAAACUGGUGGACUUUAUCGUCCAAUUCAUGGAAGAGGUUGACAAGGAAAUCUCGGAAAUGAAAUUAUCGCUGAAUGCUCGUGCUCGUAUCGUCGCCGAAUCUUACUUGUCCAACUUUUCAUAA